UUCUCUCACUCCGCCGGCUCGGAGCAUGCGCUCUCCCGGUGGCAGAGUGCCCUGACAUUCCCACGGGAAACCAGGCUGCCCCAUAAGGAAACAGCUUCACCCCUCCUCCCACCUUCCUGAAUCCCUUGGAGCCGGGAAGGAUAUUUUUUUGAUUGUUUGUUUCCACUGUCUCAAUCAGGAAGAAGAUGCGAUCUAGCCCUAUCUAUAUCCCUACUGAAGUCAGCAAUACAACCUGGGACUACUGUUUCCACAUGUAAGCAGAACAGACCUUUGUAGCCACAGUAAUUCACGAAACAUGGAAUGGGACCUCCCACUCAUGAAAAAUCUUUGGGAAAAGGAAACAAGGACAUUGGUUGCUGAGCAGAGGAGUGAAUCAAAUCCUAGUGAUGAAUUUGGAGAUAGUGAAGACAAAGAAAAUGAAACUGACAAGGUAGCAAAGAAUGCAGACUACAUGUCUGUCCCAAAGGAGAAAUUAAACAAAUCACAGAAAAAAGCCGAGUCGUUGAUUAAAGCAAAAAAGAACUGCCAGGCAAACCAGGAACUGAUUCGCUGUGUUACAUUUUCCCGAAUUGUUUUUGGAACCGAACACUGGAAAUAUGCCCAAGCAUUAACCAACCUGGCUUAUGGAUACCUGACACUGAGAGAACUUCCUGCUCAGGCAAAACAACAUGCUGAGUCUGCAAAGAAUUCCCUGCUUACAUGGAAAGGCUCAGCAAUCUCAGAGCUGGAUAAGAAGGAGAUCCUUGGCACAUUGGUGGUAUUAUACUAUACUCUGGGGAUGGCAGACCUCAUGCAGAACCAUGGCAAGGAAGCUUAUUACAACCUUCAAAAGUCUGAGAAGAGCAUGGAAGAAUUGUGGGAAUGUUGUGAUGGGGCCACAAUUAGAGAAUUAAAAAUCUCUGAGAAAGACCUUAUAAUUGCUUUGGGCAGAGCUUGUUUGCAACUUCAUCGGUUGAACUUGGCUGUGAGUUACUUUGAAAAGGCAAUCUCCCAUGUUAUCACUUCCAAGGGGGAUUCCACAUCAGAACUGAUUAGCUUAUAUCAGGAAGCUGCCCAGGUUGAACAACUCAGGAAAAACCAUGAUCGAGCCAUUGAACACUUGCUACAGGCUCAUUCUAUCUGUGUGGCUUCAUAUAAAGAAAUCAGUGCUGAAGCUGCUAAGACAGGUUUCUUGCUAGCUAAAGCUUAUGCCUCAUCUGGAGAGCCACAACACAGGGAUGCUGCCGAGCUAUAUUUUACCGGCAGCCUUAAAGCAUUCCAAGCUACACUGGGCCCAGAUAAUUCUCAAACAAUGUUUGCAACUGAGGAAUUCAGCAAAUGGCUUCUUCAAAUUGGAGAAAAACAGGAGGCUUAUAAACUUCUGAAGAACUCACUGAAGUCCCAACUGAUGAGCUAUGGUGACUAUAGUGAGAAAGUGGCUGAAACAUUCUAUAUUCUGGGCAGCAUCUGCCUAGCCAAGGGAGAAAUUAAAAAGACCACUCAGCUACUAAAGAAGGACAUCCUGUGGCCCUAUCAUGUAGCUGCAACUUCCUUCUUUCUCCUGGUCAGCACCUUCUCUGCAAUUCAUAAUCACAGAGAUUUGUCUGGAGCACUGAAAAAUGUAAAUGUGGUUUGCCCAGGGAACAUAGCUAACCAUGUGUCUGAGUGUUUGGAAAUUCAAAUCCUUAUUUAUGGGACAGAUCACAAAAAAACCAGAGAGACACAAAAACUGCUUUCCUUGCUACAGAGGCUGAAGAUGACGUCUUUGAGGAAUUUAAAUAGCACUUUUCAUGGCAUCAGUCCAGUUUCCAGCAGCUGGAAGCCAGACGUACCAGAAGUGCCAGAAGAGCCUGGAGAACCCAAAGAGAGUGAAGAGCCCACAGAUACUACCAAAACCAAAAAAAGCAAAGAGCCUGAAUCUCUCCUGUCCCCCCUCUCACCAACUCAAGCCUGCCCUUCCCACAGCCCCAGAGCAUUAAUAUCUUCCAGGAGAGAAUCCCGUACCAAUGCGCUUUGGGACUUGGGUUAUAUUAGAAAGAGGAGUAAAAAGUUGAUUCAAUUUGUACAUUAAAGGGAGAACCCUUACAA